GCGCGUUCUAGAGCCGAGGGCCACGGAGUCGCAUUCGUGACGUCUGGCGGCGCAGCCUGACGUCAUCAGCACUGGCCGCGAGCCUCCUGGGGGCUCGGGAUCUCCGCUCCGGUAUUUGACCCGCGAUGCUGCGAUUGUUUCGGGCCGCUUCGCAGGCCUGGCAUCGACCCUCUGGCUCCCGGGUCCUCACCUCUCUAGCGGAGCACUCGGCACGGCCAGCCGAGAGCUCGGAGCCGGGGGAUAGCGCGGGUCUCCUUAGUCCCGUGUUGCGCAAGUGCGAGCUCCGGGUCCCAGCGCACCGGCGCCCCGUGCAGGCCUGGGUCGAGUCGCUGCGUGGCUUCGAGCAGGAGCGGGUCGGCCUGGCGGAGCUGCACCCGGAUGUGUUUGCCACGGCGCCCCGGCUGGAUGUUCUGCACCAGGUUGCCAUCUGGCAGAAGAACUUCAAGAGAAUCAGCUAUGCUAAGACCAAGACCAGGGCUGAGGUGAGUGGUGGUGGCCGCAAGCCCUGGCAACAGAAAGGCAGUGGCCGUGCCCGGCAUGGCAGCAUCCGUUCCCCCAUAUGGCGGGGAGGAGGCGUAGCCCAUGGUCCCCGGGGCCCUACAAGUUACUACUACAUGUUGCCCAUGAAAGUGAGGGCACUGGGCCUCAAGGUGGCCUUGACUGUCAAGCUGAUGCAGGAUGACCUUCACAUCGUGGAUUCUCUGGAACUGCCCACUGCAGACCCUCAGUACCUGACAGAGCUGGCCCAGUACCGCCACUGGGGGAGUUCCGUGCUCCUUGUAGACUUGACACAUGAAGAGAUGCCCAAGAAUGUUGUGGCAGCCACCUCCAGGCUCAAGAGCUUCAAUUUGAUCCCUGCAGUUGGCCUGAAUGUGUACAGCAUGCUCAAACACGAGACUCUGGUCCUCACCCUGCCCUCCAUCGCCUUCCUGGAGGACAAGCUGCUCUGGCAGGAUUCAAGAUACACUCCGCUCUACCCCUUCCGCUUGCCCUACAAUGACUUCCCCUGACCCGGGCACCUAGAGGCCCACCCCACUUGGGGACCAGGUCAGCACAUCAUCUGUCCUGUAAAAAAGCUGUUUCCUGGAAGCUGCUGGGUCCUGGUGCCAGGAGCCAAGACGACGAGUGCCUCCUGGGGAUCUCUUGCCACAUUAAAAGUAAACCCUGUUGUUGACAAGACUUGGGAAUGGAGCUGUCACUGCGUGUGGGGUCUGUCAGCGCUUAGGCUGUUAAUCCAGUGCUGGGCAUCCUAGGAGCCUCCUCCAGGGCUCACAUCUUGCUCCGAUGGCAGCCUUGGGGCUGCCCGUAUAUUACAUAAUAUCAGGAGGAGCUUCUUCCUGCUGCCCGUAUAUUACAGUACAAUGUCAGGAGGAGCUUCUUCCUGCUGAGGCAGAUGCUGGGAAGGUGCUCGGGUGCCAAGCCAGCAGCCUGCAUUCACCUCUGGAGGAUCUACCAGCUGUGUGCCUUGCGGGCUUCCUCUGACAGCUUUCCUCAGGCACAGAAUCAGACAAACCAGUGUCAUGUGUUUUUUUUUUUUUUUUUUUUUUUUUUUUUUGGUUUUUCGAGACAGGGUUUCUCUGUAGCUUUGGAGCCUGUCCUGGAACUCUCUUUGUAGACCAGGCUGGUCUCGAACUCACAGAGAUCCACCUGCCUCUGCCUCCCAAGUGCUGGGAUUAAAGGCGUGCGCCACCACUGCCCGGCUCAUGUGUUCUUGUGAUAAAACAAAAACUGUUUAAAGACACCACACCGGUAUUCAGUUUUGCUUUUUGUUGUUUUUGUCAAGACAGGGUUUCUCUGUGUAACCAUGGCUGUCUUACUCUCUAGAUCAGGCUGGCCUUGAAUUCAGAGAUCUUCCUGCCCCUGCCUUCCAAG